AAGAAACAGAGCACACAACGCAAAGCAAGCCUUCGUAAAAGCAAUCUCUCUUUCUCUCUUCCAUUCUGUAUAAAUUCAACUCCCAAACACCUUAAGCGAAUUCCAGAUUCUCUCUCUCUCUGCUUCCAAUCUUCGUUCUGGAAGGAUUUUGAUGCACAACUUUACAGGAGGAAGGAGGCGGAAGUUCAACCUUCUGCACUAACGUUUCCAAUCACUCCAAUCUUCUUAUCUCGAGUUCGGUAACUGGAUCCGUAGCAGGGAAGUGAAGCAAGCAGGACAGAAAAUCCAGUUUGAUUAUACUAUGCAACCAGAAAUGGACGAAAUGUAGUCUGGCUUUAGUAGACAUGGAGACAAGCGGCGGAGGAAGCUCCGUUCAGGGGAGCUGCAUAUUUAAGGCUGAUACAUGGUGUAGCCAAUUUCGUAAUUGGUCCAAUCCUUGGAUGGCAAGAUACAUUUACGCUUUGAUGUUUCUAAUUGCUAAUUUGUUGGCAUGGGCUGUCCGGGAUUAUGGCCGUGGCGCCUUGACAGAGAUGGAAAGAUUAAAAGGAUGUCACGGAGCGCGUGAUUGUCUAGGUGCUGAAGGAGUUCUUCGUGUGAGCUUGGGUUGCUUUAUAUUUUAUUUCACCAUGUUUCUUUCUACAACUGGUACUUCGAAGAUGCGAGGACGCCGAAGUAAUUGGCAUUCUGGAUGGUGGUCGGCCAAGAUUAUCUUAUGGAUUGCUUUCACAAUCAUUCCCUUUGUGCUUCCUUCCACCGUUAUUCGGCUGUAUGGGGACAUUGCACAUUUCGGUGCCGGGGUCUUUCUCCUGAUUCAGCUCGUAAGCGUAAUAAGCUUUAUAACAUGGUUGAAUGAUUGUUGUCAGUCCGACAAGCGUGCAGACAGAUGUCAAAUACACAUAAUGUUACUAGCGACCAUGGCAUAUGUCAUCUGUUUGGUUGGGAUCAUUUCGAUGUACAUUUGGUAUGUGCCUCAACCGACUUGCUUCCUCAACAUUUUUUUCAUUACGUGGACACUUGUAUUACUUCAACUCAUGACCAGCGUUUCUCUCCAUCCAAAAGUGAAUGCUGGCAUCUUGACUCCUGGUCUGAUGGGUCUCUAUAUAGUAUUUAUCUGCUGGUGUGCCAUUAGAAGUGAACGAGGAGGAGGGAAGUGUGUCAGAAAUGAAGAGACUUCAACCAAAACCGACUGGCUAACCAUCAUUAGCUUUAUCGUUGCCGUACUCGCAAUGGUUAUUGCGACAUUCUCCACCGGAAUAGACUCAAAAUGCUUCCAGCUCAGGAAGGAUGACAAACAGGAUGAAGAAGAUGAUGUUCCAUAUGGCUACGGCUUUUUCCACUUGGUUUUCGCCACCGGAGCAAUGUACUUUGCAAUGCUUUUGAUUGGUUGGAAUACGCAUCAUCAUCCCAUUCGAAAGUGGACUAUUGACGUGGGAUGGACAAGCACUUGGGUUAAGAUUGUGAAUGAAUGGCUCGCUGUCUGUGUUUACUUAUGGAUGGUGGUGGCUCCAGUGAUAUGGAAGAACAGGCAGAGUAUAGUAGGAGCUGUAUGAGAAGCACUGACCUUCGCCCCAUAUUCAUUCGUUGCGUGGCUGCAAACACCCUCAAUAUUCCUUGCUUUGCUGCUAUGAUUAAGCGACUGCAAAAUUCAAAACAUGUAAUUUCCACACACACA